AGGUAGACGGCACGUUGGGAAAACAUUCUCACAGAGGCCAAAGAGCUCUUCCUACACAGCCAACAGCUCUACACUACAGCCGAAACACAGCAGCCAUGACUGAGAGACGUAUUCCUUUCACCAUGCUCCGCACCCCCAGCUGGGACCCAUUCCGUGACUGGCACCAGAGCCGCAUCUUUGACCAGACCUUCGGUAUGCCUGCCUUUCCCGAAGACUUCAACACAUUCCCCAGCACCCACUGGGCAGGCUACAUGCGGCCCUCUCCCAUGGCCCCAGCCAUGCCCUCCAUGGGCCAGAUGAACACCAUGGGCCAGAUGAACUCCAUGGGCCAGAUGAACUCCAUGGGCCAGAUGAACCCCAUGGGCCAGAUGAGCUCCAUGGGCCAGAUGAUGCCCCAGAACUCCAUGAUGUACCCACCGGCCAUGAUGGCUCAUCAGGCCCGUGCCAUGUCCCGCCAGCAGAGCAGCGGCAUGUCAGAGAUCAAGCACAGCCAGGACAGCUGGAAGGUGUGCCUGGACGUCAACCACUUCUCCCCUGAGGAGCUGGUGGUGAAGACCAAGGAUGGAGUGGUGGAAAUCACUGGCAAGCAUGAGGACAGGAAGGACGAGCAUGGUUUUGUGUCCAGGAGCUUCACCAGGAAAUACACCCUCCCAUCUAAUACUGACGUUGAGAACGUGAACUCCUCCCUGUCUCCUGAGGGGGUGUUGACCGUGGAUGCUCCUCUGAUCAGAUCCAUCGAGGGCUCAGAGACCAAGAUACCUGUCAACGUGGAAAACAAAGGCAUGCUGAAGAAGUAGAAAGAAAAGCAGCACAUAAACACACACUUGAUAUUUUACAAACCGCUUCUAGAAAGGUGUAGCAGCAGAUAAUCACUCUCCAGAAAGCAUGCUUGUUCACACGCCAGAGAGAGGGAAGCGAGGGAUUGCCCUUGCUCUCCUCUCUCCCCUCUGUCUCUGGUAAUGAGCCAACCCCAGCUGAGUGCACUGUGUAAACACAUCUGCCUGCUCUUUUUGCUGUAAUUACACUCUUCAUCUGAAAUCUCAGCUUAGCCCCGCUAGCAGCUUUCUCUCUCCCUCAAUUACACACAUACACCAUUCUAAUUUCUGAGUUAAUCAGCUUCAUAAAACCUCAACAGACACACCAAAGACAACAGUAAAGCGGACUGCAGUAGCAGUUAUUUUGUAAAUCUAAUAACAAAGAUCCCAGGAGAGCAUGCAUGCCACCAGUCUGAGUGUAGAACGGUGAUUGUUGGAGUAAACACUGUCAACUGAACUGGAAUUGUACUGCAUGCAAACGUGGAAUAAAGGAAACAAAAAAUAUA